AUGCAGCGGCCCACACGCCACGGAGCGACCUACGUCUUGUACACGUGGGGUGACCAGAGCCUCAUAGGGCGCGAGGCGAGCGAGGACCACCCGGCAGACCUGCCCUGCCCUGUCCUCCUGCACGUUGGCGCAGAGCCGUCCGCCUCCACGUCAAGUCGUACGGGCGCACAGAUACCUGGCGAUGGCGCUGCCAUCUCCACCAUCUCGCUAGGGGGUCUGGGUUCAACGGGCCGGCUGGGCCAUGGCGACGAGCGCAAGUACAGAGACCCGACUCUAGUCCAAAGCCUGCACAAGCAAGGGAUCAAGGCCAAGAGCGUCGUGUGCGGCUACUUUCACUCGAUGGUCAUCUCGUCCAAAGGCCAGGUGUACACAUGCGGACGAGGGUACAAGGGCUUUCUGGGACACAAGAAUCAGAACAACAUUCGGUCGUUUCUGUUGGUCGAUGCCCUGGCCAGCCUCAAGGUGACCCAGGUGUGCGCUGCCCGAAACCACUCCCUCGUCGUCACCUCUGACGGCCAGGUGUACAGCUUUGGAUUCCCUAAACACGGUCGAUUGGGUCACGGAGACGAUGCGUACAGGCGUCUUCCCACGAUGAUCGAGGGACUCAGGGGUAAGAAGGUGGUGCAGACCACCUGCUUCGGAGCCCACAACGCCGUGCUCACCGACGCCGGGCAGGUCUUCAUGUGGGGCAGUGGCACGGACGGCAAGCUGGGCCAGGGCGACAACGAGAGCCACUUUGCGCCCGUGCUCGUUCGGGCGUUGGAGGGUAAGGGCAUCAAGAGCAUUCAGUGCGGCUACGACUUUGCCGCCGCGAUCAACGUCGAAGGCCACCUCUUCACCUGGGGCCACGGGCUGGGUGGUCGGCUGGGACACGGCGAUGAGGAGAAUCGGACGGUCCCCAGCCUGGUCACGGCACUGGCGGAGGUGCCCAUCCGCGCGAUCGCCUGCGGGGCUGGACACAUGGCCGCCAUCUCUGAUAUGAACGUGCUGUACACGUGGGGCAAGAAUGCCGAGGGGCAACUGGGCCAUGGAGACAGACACGACCGACACGGCCCCACGGUUGUCGCCACGCUCCUUCUUGCACCGAGCGAGGACGCACCGCCAAGGGGUCGCGUGGCCAAGGUCUCCUGCGGCGCCAACCACACCGCAUCUCUCGUGAGCGCAUCUCCCUAA